UGCCACCACCAGUAGUCGGCGGCUUUGACGACAGCGUACGCCGCGGGUCGUAGUAGGGACGCAUGAAUGGAAUGGCGUCCAAGAUGCGCAACCCGCGCGGCAAUGCUGUGGCUCCUGGGGGAGGGCCCACCGCAGCCAACACCAAGAAGGCCAAGGCGGCAAUCCCUGGUAUGCACCGGUCGGCGAGCAAGCAGCGCGUGAUGAACAUGCAAGCGUACGACAAGGAGUAUUUCGACCACAACCUAGGCCCCGGGCGCCGAUCGAGCAUCACGGCCAAGCCCAAGCACAGCCUCAAGACGAUCAAGGACUCGAAGUUUUCCCGAUCGUAUCGUCAAAUCAAACACAAAGCGCAAGACUCCAAGACGUACAUUAUCAACCCCAAGGACGCCAACAGCGUCAAGUGGGACAUCUUUAUGGGUAUCUUGAUCGCGUACAGCGGAGUCACGGUGCCGCUGGUCGUUUGUUUUCCGGGAUUCCAAAACCAGUCGGACUGGAGCACCGUGAGCACGGUCGUCGACGUGUGCUUUGGCAUUGACAUUGUGCGCAACUUUGUCGUGGGGUACCACGACGAGCGCGACGAACUCGUGGUCGACCACGUCGACAUUGCGAAAAAGUACGUGCGCACGUGGUUCGUCUUGGACGCAGUGUCGACCAUCCCCAUCGAGAGUAUCAUCAGCCUCAUCGACCCCCAAGCGGACGUGUCGCACUCGUACGCAUCCAUUCAGCUGUUCCGCAUCCUCCGCGUCACGCGCAUCGUCAAGCUGGCCCGACUUGCGAAACUGCGCACGUUCUUCUCCAAGGCCGAAGAAACGUUUGGCCUCAACGCAGGCGUCGUCCGCCUCGUUCGAUUGAUCCUGCUCGUGCUGUUUGUGUCGCACUUGCUCGCGUGCUUCUUCCACCUCCUCGGGCAGCCCAACGACCCCCCGAGCCACGAACCCCUCGACAACAUGCCCGACUCGUGGCUCUGUACCGCCGACAAGCCCAAGCGCUGUCUCCGCGGGGAGACCGACUCGGUCCGGUACCUGUACAGCUUGUACUGGGUCAUCACGACACUCACGGGGGUCGGCUUUGGUGACGUGAUCAUCGUCACCGCGUUCGAAAAGCUCUACGCGAUCUUUGCCAUGAUCAUCGGCGCGUCCGUCUUUGGGUUUGUGAUCGGCAACAUCUCGACACUGCUCGAGAGCAUGGACAAGCGCGCGGCCAUGUACCAGAUGAAGAUGAUGCUGGUCAAAGACUACAUCCGCACCCGCAAUUUGCCCGUGGAUUUGCGCGUCAAGCUUCGACGGUACUUUGAGCACUACUUGUCGCGAGCGUCGUUGUUUGACGAGUCGUCCAUCCUUGGGGAAAUCUCGCUCAGUCUGCGCAACGAAAUCGUCCACGAAACGUGCAAAGACAUUUUUCAAAUCCCGGCGUUUUCGCUCAUCAACCCCCAGUUUGUGAUGGACAUGGCAAUCUGCAUCAAGCCGCUGUUCCUGCUCGCCGAGUCCGUGAUCGCCAAGGAGCACACGGUCGGUCGGGAGAUGUACUUUCUGAACUCGGGUGUCGUGGCCAUGUACAAUAGCAGCCUCAACGGCAAGAAGGUGCUGCUGGAAGUGAUGAGCGAGAAUGCGUAUUUUGGAGAAGCAUCGCUGCUGUACUUUGCCCUGCGCGAAAACACGUUCCAGUGCAUCACCAACUGCGACAUGUACACGCUGCUCAAGGAGGACUUUGACGUGUUGGUCGAGGAGUACCCCGAGACGGAGGGCAUCUUAAUCGAGUUUUACGAGCAACGCAAGCGUUUGUAUCAAGAGACGCUCAACAUGACCGUGCAGCGGUAUUCGUACUAUGAAAAAAUCAAGCACGACGAGUUCAAAAUGUCCAAGUUUGAAGACCUGUGCCCGCAUAUCAAGGUGUGUUACAACGGCAAGUUGGCCGCGAUCGAGCAACUCCCGAUGGACAUUCUCAAGAACAUUGACUUUAACAUUGCGCCCAAAGUGUCACUGUUCAACUCGUCAUUGGCAAAGAAAGUGAUUGUCGACGGCAUCAAGGACCAAGACCUGACGUCCAAGUCGUUGUCGGCGCAACUCGCCCAGAUCAUCGACCCCAACAACAGCAAAAAGCUGCAGUGGGACGUCUGGCUCGGGGUGCUCAUUCUGUACAACGUGAUCAGCAUCCCCAUCCAAGUGGCAUUUCAGAGCAACACGGAAGACCAGCAAACGUUGGCGGACGUGAUCAAGUCGGACUUUGACAUUGUCGUCGACUGCUUCUUUGCGCUCGACAUUCUCCUCACGUUUCGCACGGCAGUGUACGACCUGUCGGGCAACAUCGUGACGGCCCCCCGCCGCAUUGCCACCCAGUACAUGCGCAUGUGGUUCUGGGUUGACUUUAUUUCGACGUUUCCGUUCGGAACGUUCAUCAACAACUCGGUCGUGGGCUCUGUCGACGUCUCGUCCAAGACAACGUACCAGAACCUGAAACUCAUUCGGUUCGCGCGCCUCACGCGCCUCUUGAAACUCGCGCGGUUGCUCAAGUUCAACAAAAACUUUACCAGCGUCGAAGACGUGAUCGACCUCAGCCCGGCCGCGUCCCGGGUGCUCAUGCUGUUCUUGCAGGUGUGCAUGAUUGCACACAUGUCGAGCUGUGCGUUCUUCUUUGUGGGGGUGACGUCGGAAGAUUUGUACGAAGGGUCGAGUUGGAUCCUCGACCAAAACCUAAACAACGCGACGCUCGGGGAAAAAUAUGUGACAUCGUUGUACUUUGCGUUUACGACCAUGGCCACGGUCGGGUACGGGGACAUUUUGCCCAUCACGCACCUCGAAGUCGUGUAUGUGACGUUCUACAUGCUCGUGGGGGCGUCCGUGUUUGGGUACAUCAUCGGCUCCAUGAGCAGCCUCGUGGACCAAAUGCAAACCAAAAACACGGUCGCCAAGGAGAAAAUGGACCGCGUUAAGGACUACAUGAAGGAGCGCAAACUGCCCAAGCCCCUGUGUGCGCGCAUCCGCCGGUACUUUGAGUUUUACAUGACGCACAAGGAAAUCUCGGACGAAAGUGCCUUUCUGGACGAACUGUCGGACGAUCUGCGGACGCAACUGGUGCUCCAUUUGAAUCGAGACGUGGUCAGCAAGAUCUCGUUCUUCUCGCAUCAAGACGACGCGUGCAUUUCGUACCUCAUGGGUAUUUUGUACCAAGAGUGCUGCACCCCCGGCGAAUUUGUGUUUUACGAGGGCGAGUACGGGCGCCACAUGUACUUUUUGGUCAAGGGCAGCGUCGAAGUGGUGAUUGGCGCCGGCACGUCGAAAGAAAUCGUGUGCAAAGUAUUAACGGAAGGAUCGUUUUUCGGUGAGUUAGCCAUGUUGCUCAGCUCCAAACGGUGCGCGAGCGUGCGCGCCAAGUCGUUUGGGAUUUUGUACGUCCUGAGUCGCAAUGGCAUGGAUCGCAUUCGAACCCACUAUCCAGAAAUCUCGAGUCAAAUCUCGCGCGAGAUUCGCAGCAAACUGCUCAAGAUCAAAAUCGACACGCUGGCGCAACCCGACGCCAGCAAUCUCGUGAGCCACUUGCCGAUGGAAGAAACGUUCGCCGUGGAGAUGGAGAAACCGAUCGAGGACGCAUUCGCCCUGAUCGACCAAGUGCUUAACAAGCUCAUGGUGUUCUACGGCGGGGGAGAAAAGGGCAAGCGCCGGUCCGUGGCGUGUGUCGUACAGCAUUUGAAGAAGUUUGAUUUUAACACGCAAACGUACGACGACGCGGCGGAGGCGAGCGGGCCGCGAAAGUCGGUGGCGCCGCAAAGUUUGGCGGGUCGAUACAUCAGCGGCAAUCCAAAGGUUGCGAUGGCCAAGGCAGGCAAAAAGAUUGCCAAUAUGAACAAAUUUCUCAUGUCCAUGGGCGCCGACAAGAUCAGCCGGUUUCAAUCCAUGCCGAGACGCAACAGUGCCAUCACCACGAGCCAAUCGCUGCGGGAAGUCCGAGAACUGGCGCGGCCAAACGACGCCGUCAAGGAAGUGGACGACCUCCCGUCCACGCCAAAGUACACGGAGCUCGACCAUCAGUUCCUCAAACGCGACCCCACCGUGGGGCUGCUCCCCGUGUCACCCUGCCCCGGAGCUACCCACCCAUACUAACUAGUAUCCUGCCUGUUGUGCAUUUACUUGAACACACUUUUCAUGGCCCAAAUAGUAUGUAGUCGCUCAUGUUUCAAUGGCGAGGCAGUGUUUGUUCGUUACGUCCUGAAGUUCUCUUUGGCAUAAGUACAAUAGAACACAAUGACAGAG